CCUCUCUCUCUCUCUCUCUCUCUCUCGAGCCUAGCGUCUCUGGAGAGAGAUAAAUUCUAAUAAAUAUUAAAAAUUAUAAAAAAAAAGCUGAAAAGAAGGAAUCGAAUCUUACCUGAGAAGCUGCAGCGAAGGGUUUUAUACACCGCUGAGGCUCUCCCUCUCCGCCAUCCACGUUUCUGUCAUGACCGUGUUCUCCGGCAAGCAAGUGGUCCCUGUCGACUACGAGGCUGAGGUCUCGCAGCGGCUUCUCGAUGCUUCUCUCGCCGGCGAUCUUAGAUCGGCUCUCGAUUGCAUCGCCGAUUCCUUCGUAGAUAUCAACUUCGUCGGCGCGGUUUACUUGAAAUGUAGAAAGAGUGAGGUUGUUUUGCACGAUGAAUCGCCGAGUGAAGUUUGCGCCGACUACGAGGAGUUUAAAACUGACGUUACGGCUUUGUUCAUCGCCGCUCAUGUUGGAAAUGUGGCUCUUGUGAAAAAAUUGCUGAGUUUAGGUGCUGACGUGAACCAGAAACUCUUCAAGGGCUUCGCCACAACAGCGGCAGUGAGAGAGGGCCGCCUUGAGCUUUUGGAGAUUUUACUUAAAGCUGGGGCAUCUCAGCCAGCAUGUGAGGAGGCUUUAUUGGAAGCAAGCUGUCAUGGUCAGGCAAGGCUGGUGGAACUGCUCAUGAGCUCUGAUUUGAUUAGGCCCCAUGUUGCCGUGCAUGCACUUGUCACUGCAUGCUGCAGGGGAUUUGUGGACGUUGUAGACAUACUCACAGCGUGUGGCGUAGAUGUAAAUGAAACUGAUAGAUUGCUGCUGUUGUCAUCAAAGCCUUCUUUGCACACAAAUGUUGACUGUACUGCACUUGUUGCUGCUGUUGUCAGUAGGCAGAUUGCUGUCGUUCAUAUGCUGCUAAUGGAUGGUGCCAGGACAGAUUUCAAAGUGAGUCUAGGAGCAUGGUCAUGGGACACUACUACUGGAGAAGAGUUUCGAGUGGGCGCAGGACUAGCUGAGCCCUACACAAUUACCUGGUGUGCAGUGGAGUAUUUUGAAACUACGGGUGCUAUAUUGCGCAUGCUUCUCGAACACACCUCCCCAAACACUACUCACCAUGGAAGAACUCUCCUCCACCACGCCAUUCUCUGUGGUAAUGCUGGAGCUGUCAAUGUGCUACUGAGCUGUGGUGCCAAUGUGGAGUACCCUGUCAAAACUCAAAAAACCGAGUUCCGGCCCAUACACAUGGCUGCCCGUUUAGGCUUACCAACUAUCCUUAAAUGUCUAAUAGAUUCAGGUUGUGAUAUAAAUUCCAGGACAGAAACUGGUAACACAGCUUUGAUGAUAAGUGCAAAAUAUAGGCAAGAAGAGUGUCUGAGAGAAUUGGCCAUGGCUGGAGCUGAUUUUGGCUUAGUUAAUGCUGCUGGUCAAUCUGUGUUUUCACUUGCUGGGAAAAACAGGUGGUCCCUUGGUUUUCAGCAAACAGUGCUUGAUGUGAUUAGGGCUGGACAGAUUCCCACAUCAAGCAAUAUUUCUAUGUUCUCUCCUCUAAUCUUUGUAGCUCAAGCUGGUGAUAUAGAGGCCUUAAAAGUGUUGAUUAAUUGGGGAGAGAUUAACCUUGAUUAUCAGGAUUGUAAUGGUUUCUCAGCAGUUAUGUUUGCUGCUUUAAAGGGUCAUGUUGAAGCAUUCCAAUUGUUGGUCUAUGCAGGGGCUGAUGUGAAGCUGCAUAAUAAAGCUGGUGAAACUGCUAUCACCUUAUCUGAAAUGAGCCAGAAUCACGAUCUGUUUGAGAAAGUAAUGCUUGAAUUUGCACUAGAAAUGGGUAAUCGUAAUGCAGGAGGGUUCUAUGCAUUACAUUGUGCAGCUCGUCGUGGAGACCUGGAUGCAGUCAAAUUGUUGACAAGCAGAGGUUAUGAUGUGAAUCUCCCUGAUGGGGAUGGCUAUACUCCUCUCAUGUUAGCAGCAAGAGAAGGCCAUGGAUCCACCUGUAAACUUUUGAUUUCAUGCGGGGCACACUGUGAAUUUAAGAAUUUUAGAGGUGAAACAGCACUCUCGCUUGCAAGAAAAAAUGCUGGCGUGAAAAAUGAUGCAGAAAAUGUAAUACUAGAUGAGCUUGCUUGCAAGCUGGUUUUAGGAGGUGCCCAUGUGCAGAAGCACAGAAAGAGGGGCAAAGGAUCACCACAUGGGAAGGAGUUGAUAAUGAUAGGGGGUACCGGAGUACUUCGUUGGGGGAAGUCAAGUCGGAAGAAUGUCAUAUGCCGGGAGGCAGAGGUAGGUCCAAGCCCAGUUUUUCGGAAGAAUAGAAGGAACAAGGGUGAUGCAGAUGCUCCUGGAAUUUUCCGGGUAUUGACUACCAAAAAGAAAGAGUUGCACUUUGUCUGCCAUGGUGGGUUAGAAAUGGCUGAGUUGUGGGUCAGAGGUAUUAAACUUGUGACAAGGACGGCUAUUUGCUCUUGAACACAGGCUGAAGACAUGAAUUGCGAUGUCUUGUUUAGGGAGUAUAUAUAGAUAUUUAGAGUACUUCAUCUUGAAGUAGUUUGAACUGUUACAUUUCAGUGUAAAGGUUUUGAUCCUCAGUGGCGGUAAAUGCUUUUUCAUCCAAAGUAAAUUCAGUAGCAUUUGAUCAUUGUACAA